CCUCCUCUUCCUUCCGGUUUUCACUUCCUGCUGCGGCAGUUUGUGUUGUGCUGCUGUUGGCUUGUAAACAUGGCCACGGCAGGAGCAGCUGGGGACGACCUGAGGAAAGAGCUCACAUGUGCAAUUUGUUUGGACUUCUUCAAAGACCCUGUCAUACUGAAAUGCGGGCAUAAUUUCUGCCGGUUUUGCAUUUGUAUGCACUGGGAUGAAAAUGGCGGAGACUACGGGUAUCAGUGCCCUCAAUGCCGAACGGUUUUCAACAAGAGGAGCUUCACUAAAAACUACCUGGUACAGAAUCUGGUCGCCAAACUGGACGAUCUUGAGUGUCUGGGAUCUUGUCCAGCACCCUCUAAACCCAUUAAAGUUGAUGGGAAGUGUGAACAACAUGGAGAAGAGCUGAAACUAUACUGCCAGACUGACAAGAGGCCUAUCUGUGUAGUCUGCAGGGAAUCCAGAGCACACAGACACCAUGAGGUGGCACCAGUACCAGAAGUUGUGAAUGACAUGAAGAUGGAGUUGAAACUGAGGCUAAUGGAGCUCAACUGGCAGAAGUCUCAAUGUGUAAAAGUUAUAACGGCUGACGAGCGCACCAAAAGUGAAGUGAGGCUGAAGAAACAGAGACUCAAGGAGAAGAUUGAGGCGGAUGUCGGGGCUUUGGUCCAGUUCCUUCUAGACGAAAGAGACUCCCUGCUUGACAGCCUGGAUGCUGAGGAAGUGGCCACCAUGGCAGUCAUAGACGACAACAUGAAGAUCGUGGAGACUGAGGCAGCAGCUGUGGACAAGGCUAUAGCUGAUAUCCACAGCCACAUCAGUGGGAAAACUAGCUUUGAGAGCCUUGCUGAUACGUUCAACGAAGUCAUCCAUUGCAAGCCUUUCACAUCUCUCGAGCCGGUUAAUUGUCAGACAGAAUUUACCGACUUCUCAGGGCCCUUCCAGCUCAUCAUGUGGAAGAAAAUGAUGCACGUGCUGCAUACCAUGCCUCAGAACCUCACCUUAGACCCAGACACUGCUCACCCAAACCUGCUGAUCUCAGAUUUCGACACCAAAGUGGAGGAGGGUCGUGUUCGUAACCAGGAGCCAGACCUGCCGGCUCGCUUCACCCGCUUCUGUGGUGUCCUUGCUACAGCCCAGUACGCCAGCGGCCAGCACUACUGGGAGGUGGAUGUUAAAGACAAAGGCGUGUGGUACCUGGGAGUCACCACUGAGUGCAGCAACAGGAAGGGCUUCGUCAGCCUCACUCCCUCCGCCGGAUACUGGAGCCUGUGUCUGCAGGACCGGCUGUACGCUAACGGGGAGGAUGGGCGCAUCCCUGUCGCCGACUACUGGAACUCUCCUCGGGUUGGUGUUUACCUGGACUAUGACAACGGUCGUCUUAGUUUCUAUGACGCCGUCACAAUGAAGAGACUCUACAUGUUUGACACCUGCUUUGAAGAGCCCGUCUACCCUUUCUUCAGCCCAGGGAAGAACGAUCCUGGCAGCAGGCUGCAGAUUUGCCACUAUUACUGAGAUAUGGGAUGAGUGUUUUUAAAUAAUUUGGUCAUCAAACAGUAAACUCGUGUCUGCCGGUGUUCAGAUUUGCUGUUAGCAAAGUUUUACCACAUAGACCAGGCUGAAGUGACGGGGAGAUAUUGACCCUUGGAGCCAUGUACUGUAUGCAUUUGAGCUGUUACUCGUUGGUCUUAGUGGUCUUAGAAAAUACUCUGAAUAAGAAUUAUCAGGUGUCACGGCACACUCUGGUGGUAAUGAAGAGCUUCAUCUCUCUCUCACCUUUUUUUGAGCUUGAAAAUUGAGAAUUUGGUAUUUUCAACCUAGACACACACUGUAGGCUUAUUCCCCUGACAACUGUGGCUGGGGUUCGGAGAGGUGCUCUGUUGUUUAUAUCACUGUUUCUGCUGGGAUGCAGAUGCCUCAGAUGCUCUUGUUGGUUAGAGCUCAUAUCCUAAUAGCAACCACAAUGCCAUACUAGCACUGUACAUUAGCUCAUAUUGGCUAAGUUUUGCCAGGCAGUGCCACUGCUGUUGCCUUGUUGGGCAGAACUUGAAGGAUAUAUGACGGUUAUCACAUUGAUAGUUGCUGACAGUCAAGGAUUUCUAAAAGUUAAGAUUCCCUUAUUAAUUCCAGACUGAAAACAGCUUGUCAAUCAUUUGACUCAAAUUUGACAGCUGGUACUGGGAUUUCAGCUCUCAGACAAUGAUCAGACUUGCAGUAACUAAAGGCUGGGCUUUUUGUUUUGUGGACAUUACUGUUACUACCAAUUCUUUUUUUUUUGUUUUGUUUUUUUUGUUCUGUACAUUCUUGACACUUUUGGACUGUUGCAGUUUCUUAUGUAUAUUGCUCUGAGUCACAUUUUGCAGCUUAUUCUUGUGAACAGUUAUACAAAUGCACAUACUUGCUAUUUCUGAAAAACAGAAAAUCAGCCUCCCUGAAAAUGAGCAGGUAUGAGGAAAAAACAAAUGAUUUUCAAAAAUUGUUACAGCAGAUUAUAAAGCUGUGAGCCAUGUCCCUAGAUAUGUUGCCUCGUAAUGGGUGAACCUAUAGACGUGAUUUAUUUUUUAGACAUUCCAUCAACAGCAGUCAGACUUCACAGUUCACAGCUUGGUGGACUUAAGUGUAAACCUGGGAUGAUGAAUGGGAGUUUUAUUACAGGUUACAUUUUUGUUUUCUUUUUACAAAUUACUCACAGUAUUUUAUUAUAUUUUAAAUAAUCCUGCUUUAUUAUUAACUGCUGGCUGUUGUGUUGGUCGUGACAUUUUUAUGUCUGUUCAACUGUUUUGUUUUUUUUUGUUUUGUUUUUUUCCAUGAUUUUCAAUUUAAGAUUUUGAACGUAAAACAUGUGUCUGGACAAUUAUACAUUUGCCUUCAUAAACUUUUAAUUUAAUUUUUUUUCUUAAAUGGUUAUCUUUAUGGAUUUUUAAUUUCUUUUUUCGCUCUUGUAGUUUGUCAAAGUGCAGUUAUGGACCUGCAGAUGAGAGGUUUUCUCUUACACGGUUGUACAGCGACACAUUUUUUUCAGAUAUUCUUAUUUAGGAGCACAGCAGAAACAUUUUCACAGCAUGAUCGGUGAUAAUAUUUGAAAAUGUUCUUGGUCAGUAUUAAGAUGCUCCUCUUUUGGUUUUCUCACCAUAUUCAGACGUCAAAGGUAUUCAUGUGUUAGGACUGCAAAACUCUGCUCUUUAACUUUUGAGUAUUUGCUGAUAAAUGUUUUGUCCAAGAUGGUGUACCUCAUCUAAUACAGUUUUUGAACUGUGUCUUGAUUAGUGUUGCAUAAAAAAACUUGGUAGUCCCUGUUCUUGGUCCUUUCACUGUUUUAAAUGUGCUUACUGUUUCUCAGACUUUACAAUGAGAUUAAAAGCGGAAAAAGUCGUGUUUCA